GCGUAGCGCGGGCUGGGCGGGGCGAGGCGGGAGCCGCUUCCGGGCACGCUGUUGCAUCAGCUCGGCGGCGAGAGGUGGAGGCGGCAGGAUGGCAGCGGCCCCAGCCGAACAGGCUUCCAGCUACAGUUUUAUUCUGAGCAUUAGUGAAGAGGAAGCCAGGGUGAAGGCUUUGAACGAGUACCUGAGCACUCGUAGUUAUAUCCAGGGGUUCACAUUUUCACAUGCAGAUGUGGAGGUGUUCAGAAAGUUUUCGGGGCCACCUGUGGACCAGUAUUUCCAUGUUGUCCGGUGGUACAGACACAUAGAAGCAAUCUAUGAUGGCAGCAGUGAAAAAAAUGACCCUUGUAAACUUCAAACAAGUAAAGGCAAACGUAUGCAGCCUCCUUGGUCUCCUCCCGAAGGGACAAAACAUUCUAGACUCUGCCUCUACAACAGCCUGACUCGCAAUAAGGAAAUAUUUCAGCCGCAGAAUGGAAAAAAAGUCACGUGGUAUUGCUGUGGUCCAACAGUAUAUGAUGCUUCUCACAUGGGACAUGCCAGGUCAUACAUCUCAUUUGAUAUCCUGAGAAGAAUCUUAAGGGAUUAUUUUAAAUUUGAUGUUUUCUAUUGUAUGAAUAUUACGGAUAUUGAUGAUAAGAUCAUUAAGAGAACAAGACAAAAUUACCUUUUUGAACAGUAUAGGAAGAACACAUCAACACCAGCUCAGCUACUUGAAGAUGUUAAAACUGCCUCAGAGCUCUUUUCAGUUAAAUUAAGUGAGACAACAGACCCAGAUAAAAGGCAGAUGUUGGAAAAAAUUCAGAAUGCAGUGAAGUCUGCUUUUGACCCUCUACAAGAAGCUGUGCAAGCAAAACUCCCUGCAGAAGAGAUCAGCAGAUGUCAUGAGAUACUGUUGGAAGAAGCCAAAGAUUUACUGUCUGACUGGCUGGAUUCAAAAUUUGGCAGCCAAGUGACUGACAAUUCCAUAUUCUCAGAGCUCCCCAAAUUCUGGGAAGGGGAAUUUCAUAAAGACAUGGAAGCUCUCAACGUCUUACCUCCAGAUGUUUUAACGCGGGUUAGUGAAUAUGUGCCAGAAAUUGUGGCAUUUGUGAAAAAGAUUGUGGAUAAUGGUUACGGGUAUGUGUCCAAUGGAUCUGUAUACUUUGAUACUGUGAAGUUUGAUUCCAGUAAAAAACACUCCUAUGCUAAGUUGGUUCCUGAAGCUGUGGGUGAUCAGAAAGCUCUUCAAGAGGGUGAAGGUGAUCUGAGUAUCUCAGCUGAUCGCCUAUGUGAGAAGCAUUCUCCAAAUGAUUUUGCUUUGUGGAAAUCCUCCAAGCCAGGAGAGCCCUCAUGGGACUCUCCAUGGGGAAAGGGGCGGCCAGGUUGGCACAUUGAAUGUUCUGCAAUGGCUGGAUCCAUUCUGGGAGAGUCGAUGGACAUUCAUGGAGGAGGGUUUGAUCUCCGAUUUCCUCACCAUGACAAUGAGCUGGCACAGUCUGAGGCAUACUUUGAAAAUGAUAACUGGGUGCGAUAUUUUCUGCAUACUGGCCACUUAACAAUAGCAGGCUGUAAAAUGUCCAAAUCUUUGAAGAAUUUUAUCACUAUAAAAGAUGCACUGAAGAAACAUACAGCACGGCAGUUACGAUUGGCUUUCCUCAUGCACUCUUGGAAGGAUACACUGGAUUAUUCAAGUAAUACCAUGGAGUCAGCUAUUCAGUAUGAGAAGUUUAUGAAUGAGUUCUUUUUAAAUGUGAAGGAUAUUCUUCGAGCUCCCACUGAUGUGACAGGCCAGUUUCAGAAAUGGGAAAAUCAGGAAGCAGAGCUUAACAAAAAUUUUUAUGACAAGAAGGCAGCAAUUCAUGAAGCACUCUGUGACAAUGUUGACACUCGCUCUGUCUUAGAAGAAAUGCGUUCGUUAGUCAGUCAGUCCAACUCCUAUAUUGCUGCAAAGAAAUCUGCCAGACAAAUGCCAAACAGACUUCUUUUAGAAAACAUCAGUUGCUAUCUCACUCAAAUGCUAAAGAUUUUUGGUGCCGUAGAAAGCGAUGACGCAAUUGGUUUUCCUGUUGGAGGAAAUAGUCAAAACAUAAAUGUUGAAUCGACUGUGAUGCCAUACCUACAAGUUCUUUCUGAGUUUAGAGAAGGAGUGCGACAAAUUGCCAGAGAGAAAAAAGUAACUGAAGUGCUGCAGUUGAGCGAUGCUCUUCGAGAUGACAUCCUUCCUGAACUUGGCGUUCGAUUUGAAGAUCAUGAAGGACUUCCAACUGUGGUUAAACUAGUGGAUAAAGACACAUUAUUGAGAGAAAGAGAAGAAAAGAAAAAGAUUGAAGAAGAGAAAAAAAGGAAGAAAGAAGAAGCAGCCAGAAAAAAACAAGAGCAGGAAGCAGCAAAACUGGCAAAAAUGAAGAUUCCACCCCAUGAAAUGUUUAAAUCGGAACAUGACAAAUAUUCCAAGUUUGAUGAAAAUGGAUUUCCCACGCAUGAUACAGAAGGCAAAGAACUCAGCAAAGGACAAAUUAAGAAGCUAAAGAAACUUUAUGAGACCCAAGAAAAACUAUACAAGGAAUAUCUACAAAUGGUGCAGAAUGGAAGUGCAAAUUGACAACAACGGGACUUUGUUUUAGAAGGCAGGAGUUGCAUCACCAUUGAAGAAGUGAGCAUAUACUGAUGCUCGUAUUUCUGUUUACACUUUCUAUUAUGUGCAAAGUAAACAACCUGUUUAUGAAGACUAGCAAUGUCAUCUGGAAAGCCAAUAAAUAUCCAUUAAUUAAAAAAAAA